AUGGUUUCAACUUACGCAGUACUCGGUGUCACUGGCAACUGCGGUAGUUCUCUCGUUCAAGUCCUCCUCCAGUCUUCAGAUACCAGAAUUCACGCAUAUUGUCGCAACAAGGCCAAGCUUCAUCACAAAUUACCUGAAGUGGUGGGAAACGACCGGGUGGAAGUCUUUGAAGGAGGAGUCCACAAUGUUGAAUUACUGGCCCAAUGUGUUCGCAAUUGUCGAGCUGCUUUCCUCGUUGUCACUAUGAACGAAAACCUGCCUGGCUGCUGCGUUGCCCAGGAUACCGCCCGCAGUCUCAUCACUGCACUCAAAGGAAUUAAAACGGAAACCGACCCGUCUCCGAUCAUGCCGAAGUUGGUCGUUUUGUCAUCCACAACAAUUGAUCCCCAUCUUUCUCGUAAGAUGCCGUGGUGGUUUCACCCCAUCAUGAUACGGGCGGGCUCUUAUGUCUACGAGGACCUUAGAGUACAGGAGAAGUUUCUCCGCUCCCAGGAAGAUUGGAUCUCAACAAUCUUCAUAAAGCCAGGUGGUUUGGCUGUGGAUAAAGCGAGGGGCCACAAGCUCGAUUUUGACGAGGAAAACUCCUUCAUCGCAUACCUGGGUUUAGCUGGAGCAAUGGUUGAGGCAGCAAACGAUCCUGACAAUCGAUAUGAUAUGAGGAAUGUCAGCGUAGUAAAUACUGGAGGAAGUGCAAAAUUCCCUGCGGGGACCCCCUUAUGUAUAUUAUCUGGGCUUUUGAGUCAUUACUUUCCAAGUUUACACUCUUAUCUUCCAAAAUCGGGGCCUUGA